AUGGCGCCCUCCUCUCUGGACCGCAAUAGGAGGCGCAGGCGGGCCUUUUUUGAGAUUAUUCAGAUCCUUCUGAACCGGGAUCACAUCGCCUGGUCAAAGCCACCCCAUCCCACCGCAUCAUUUUCCUCUAACUCUGAAUCUCACACAGUAGCAGUCAGGGUCUCAGACUCUUCCCUCUUUGAGAACGCCAUCGGCUCCUUCCUUGCAGAGCCACCUCCCGGCGCCCCGCUGGCCACGCCUCAGUCCGCCGGCGCCCCUCGGCCUCGCCACCCGCGUCCGAGUCUCUGCCCGGUGUGCCGCCGCUCCCUCUGCCCAGUCCGGCCGGGCAGCGGGCACGAGCAGACCCAACAGCAGCUCCGAGCGCGGUGCCCGAAGCCAGCCUCUGCUUCGUCCUCGAGCCCCUCUGAGGGAACACUGGCUGUCGCCAUCAUGCCGCCGGGGUGUGGAGGGGCGCCUGGCACUCGGCCGGCCGGGCUCCGGGCGGGGCCCGCGCCCCACGCCGCCCCGGAAGGCGCGUUUCCCGCGCUCGCCGCGGCAGGCGGGCGGCCCGGCCUCCGCGAGAUGGCGUCGGGCCUGGCGCGGCCCUUGGGGCGCACGCGGGCGGGGCGCCGGCGGGCGGGGGGCCCCGAGAGGCCCCGAGGCGGGGGCCCCGCGGUCCGGGGCGAGGCCGGGGCGGGGCCCGGGGGCCUGGGCGGGUGUGUCCGCGCGGAGGGAGCGGGCGCCGGGCUGACCUCGUGCUUGUGCGGUGGCGGCCGCCGCGGCGACCUCGGCCGGGGACGCCAUCAUCUCCUCACGAGGUCGGCGCUGCCUUCGCCUCGGAGCGGCCGCGGAUCUGCAGCAAAUCCUGAGACUCCAAACUCAGCCGUCUCCAGAGAGGCCAGCACCCAGUCUUCUUCAGCUGCCACCAGCCAAGGCUAUGUUCUGCCAGAAGGCAAAAUCAUGCCGAACACUGUUUUCGUUGGUGGAAUUGAUGUUAGGAUGGAUGAAACAGAAAUUAGAAGCUUCUUUGCUAGAUAUGGUUCAGUAAAAGAAGUGAAGAUAAUCACGGAUCGAACUGGUGUGUCCAAAGGCUAUGGAUUUGUUUCAUUUUAUAAUGACGUGGAUGUGCAGAAGAUAGUAGAAUCACAGAUAAAUUUCCAUGGUAAAAAGCUGAAACUGGGCCCUGCAAUCAGGAAACAAAAUUUUUGUGCUUAUCAUGUGCAGCCACGUCCUUUGGUUUUUAAUCCUCCUCCUCCACCACAAUUUCAGAGUGUCUGGAGUAAUCCAAACACUGAAACUUACAUGCAGCCUCCAACCAUGAUGAACCCUAUAACUCAGUAUGUUCAGGCUUAUCCUCCUUAUCCAAGUUCACCAGUUCAGGUUAUCACUGGAUAUCAGCUGCCUGUUUAUAAUUAUCAGAUGCCACCGCAGUGGCCUGCUGGGGAACAAAGGAGUUAUGUUAUUCCUCCGGCGUAUACAACCAUUAACUACCACUGUAAUGAAGUUGAUACAGGAGCUGAAGUUUUGCCCAGUGAAUGCUCAGUUCAUGAAGCCACUCCAUCCUCUGGAAAUGGCCCACAAAAGAAAUCGGUGGACAGAAGCAUACAGACGGUGGUAUCUUGUCUAUUUAAUCCAGAGAAUAGACUGAGAAACUCUGUUGUCACUCAAGACGACUACUUCAAGGAUAAAAGAGUUCAUCACUUUAGAAGAAGUCGGGCAGUGCUUAAGUCUGUUUGA